CUCCUCUCCCAGGGCGAGCGCUCGGGCUAGAGACCGGCUGACUGCGGGGAUCGGCGCUGCUCUGAGUAGGAUGGCUCAGGCAGGGAGAUUCCCGGCCUGGCUGCUGCUGGUGGCCCUGGGCCUGCUGGGCUGUGGAUGCCGCGCAGAGCGGGACUGCAGCGUGAGCAACAUCAGAGUCCAAGAGAACUUCGACAAGGCUCGCUAUAGUGGCACGUGGUACGCCAUGGCCAAAAAAGACCCUGAGGGACUGUUCCUGCAGGACAACGUGGUAGCCCAGUUCACCAUAGAAGAGAAUGGACAAUUGACUGCCACUGCCAAGGGCAGAGUCCGGCUGUUCAAUAACUGGGAUGUUUGUGCUGACAUGAUUGGCUCCUUCACUGACACUGAGGAUCCUGCCAAGUUCAAGAUGAAGUACUGGGGUGUAGCCUCCUUUCUCCAGAAGGGAAACGAUGAUCACUGGGUAGUCGACACAGAUUAUGACACUUAUGCACUUCAUUACUCCUGCCGCCAACUAAAUGACAAUGGUACCUGUGCUGAUAGUUACUCCUUUGUGUUCUCCCGGGACCCGAAGGGAUUGCCACCUGAGGCACAGAGAAUUGUCAGGCAAAGGCAGGUCGACCUCUGCUUGGACAGAAAAUACAGAGUUAUUGUCCAUAAUGGAUUCUGCCUUUAAGGAGUUUUGAAACUAUGGAAGCAAAUGAUGUAACAUCAGUAUGGAUAUAAAGUUUACAAAUUGACUGUUUUAUUGUAGAUCUUUAAAGCAGCUUCAUUCAAACUUCAAAUAUAUUUAUCUGAAUGCAUCCGAUGAAGUGAGCUUUAGCUCACAAAAGCUUAUGCUCAAAUAAAUUUGUUAGUCUCUAAGGUG